AUGUGUCAUUUUGAAAUGUCAAUCCAAGAUUAUAGAAGACUAAGACCAGCACAGGAGGUGAAGUAACGACGUGCGGUGAUACAGAUGUCUGGCACUGCGUGUGGUGCCGGGCCGGCCUGGAGAGGGCGGAGCAUCAGCUCUCUCGGCUACCAGCUGGUUGUUCGAGUUGCCACACUCAGUUGUUGCCGACCCUCGCGAUCCAACAGUAGCGGUACAGUUGGCUCCCGCCGCCACCCGGCCCACUGCUUGAGACACGCGCGUCAUCUCCGCAAACCACGUUAAUACAAAAAAAAUAAAUAAACUCAGUGCGUUUACCAUCAUAGAUGAGCAACGUUUCAAUUCAUGACCAACAUGUUCAGUGUCAGUGAUUUAUGAAUUAAAACACAAAACUUGAAACACCAGUGUGUGAGGUAGUGAGGCGGGGCUCGGCCACCUGUGAGGGACGCGAGUGGCCCUCCCUCCCUCCAUUCCUACAUUGCCACUCAGCUGCAUCAAAGAAACAUGAUGAUUCGAUAUAUUAUUACGAUAUUUUUGCGACCUUCAAGAACAUACGAAGUCCCUGAAAUAUAUUUGAUGCACAAUGACUAUUAACAUAAAAUAUAAGAACAGUAAUUUAUUUCAACAGAGGAAAAACAAUUUCAAGUUAUGAAUUAAAAUUCCAAGAACGAUGUAAUGAGUAAGAAAAGCAGAAUGUUGACUGACUCUUAAUUAAAGACUGUAGGGACUGCAGCCUCCAGUCAUCGGUCAGUAGUUUACUGCUCCUUCUCACCAAGAUUAAGAGGACACUGUCCAAGUCUCCCGGGAGGAGGGCCGCUUGCAGGAGCGAGAGUAGAUAAUCCAAGGGACAGCCAUCGAGCCGCUGCGUUCUGGUUAUGGUGCUGCAGCCGCCCUUGUGAAUGUGGACUAUUGUGAGAUACAUGCGGCUGAGUUUAGCCUUGGAAAAUAACAUGAUGACUCGAGAUAGAUAAAUACAAUGCACUCCUCAUUAUCCUAAUCAGCUCCAUGACUCGUCUUUGAUCAGGACCACGAACUUUUCUGAUAAACACAAUUUCUUCCAUUAGCACUUAUUCACAAAUUAGUCUGUUUUGAAAAUGAAGCUAAAAAAGAGAAUCAUAUUAGCGGCGGUGACAAGCAUGGUACUGGUGACAGUAGUGCUGCUGCUCGACGUGGAGAACCGCCUAUCAUACCCAGGUAACUUCAACGUGCAGGCUGAAGUGCCAGUCAAAUACUCCUUCCGCCAACGUCACUUGCAGCGAAUGAGUAAUGGAUCUCGAGAUGCGUCUCUUGCGGUCUCUGCCUCGGGACAGUUAAGCGCCGCGAGUGACGAUCCUGCCCACCCAUCCCCUGCGGGUGGCGAAACUGUGCUGAGGGAAGAUCCAACGGGUGUCAGUAAGGAUCAGCAGGCCAUUGGUACAGAGCCUCCAGACCCUUAUCUCGACCUCCAGGAGAUUGUGGCGAAAGUGAAGAAGCUCAGCAAGAGAAGUGGUCGCGCUAAAUACCAUUGGAAUCCUACCGUUGGGGAGCUGCUGGGGAGGGACUCAAGAGAAAACGCAACACUCUGGGACAACUUUCACCUCAGUAUAUCUCAGGAUGAGUUGUACGGCACUAGAGAUCCGACCGUCAACAGGCUGCUGCAGUACAUGACGACCCUACCCAUCUCUCACAUCAGUCAGAAGGAGGGUGGCACGCAGAUCAAGCUGACGAUAGAGUUCAUUGGGGGACGAGCUCUCUUCAAGCCCAUGCGGCACCCUCGAGAGCAGCAGACCCUCAAGAACCAAUUCUACUUCACUGACUUCGAGCGACACAACGCCGAGAUUGCCGCCUUCCACCUCGACAGAUUGCUCGGGUUCCGCCGCGCCGUGCCAACCGUGGGCCGCACCGUCAACAUCACACGAGAACUGUAUAUGCUGGCCAAGGGUGACCUACUCAAGACCUUCUUCUUCUCGCCGGAGAAGAACCAUUGCUUCCACGGCAAGUGCAGCUACUUCUGCGACACUGCCCACGCCAUCUGUGGCAGCCCCGACAUGUUGGAGGGUUCGUUUGCAGUAUUCCUGCCUGGGGACACUGAGGUGCCGAGAGUACGAUGGCGUCACCCAUGGAGGCGGAGCUACAGCAGGCGACGCAAGGCACAGUGGGAGGAAGAUAAUGAGUACUGCAAGUCUGUGAAGGAGACGCACCCCUACAGCGAAGGCCGGCGCCUGCUGGACAUCGUAGACAUGUCUGUACUGGACUUCCUGAUGGGCAACAUGGACCGACAUCACUACGAAACCAUCAAGAUGUUUGGAAACAACUCGGCACCACUGCACCUGGACCAUGGACGGGGCUUCGGCAAGGCUUUCCAUGACGAGUUAUCCAUUCUGGCCCCGUUGUACCAGUGUUGCGUCCUCCGGCACUCCACUCUCGCCUCCCUCCUCAGGUUCCACACGGGGCCUGAGCGAUUGAGCUCCGCCAUGCUGACUUCCAUGGCCUCUGACCCUCUCCAGCCCGUGUUGUGGCCACCCCACCUCGCCGCCCUGGACCGCCGCCUUAACAUCGUCCUGCAGGUGACGCGAAAGUGCCUGGAGGGUGCCGAGGAUCCCUACCGCGUCAUAAUAGAGGACUUUCACUGAAUGUGACAUACUGACAAACAUUUGCAAACAUGGAUAUUAAUAAAAAAAAAUCUGCUAAGUCUGCUUCUGCUUUCAAUAAAAUCGCUAUCACAAUGUAUUCUGUGUACGCCACGAUGAUGAAGUGCACGAUGCAGAUAAGGCAGAUGUGAUUUCAGUCAUUCGAAUCAGAGGAACUAAGAAAAUCGAUGAGAUACCGAGUGAGCGGAACACAUCACACCAAAGUGAGUUUCCAUAGGUCAAUGUGUAAUAGACUACUACGUAGAUAUAAAUCCUAAUGCCAAGGAUUCUUUAAUCCUACAACAUUCUUGCAGAAUAUCUGUUAAUGAAAAAAAAGUGAGAACUGGAAAGCAGGGAAUUCAAACAUAUGGGUGCAGCUUUAUGUCAUGUUCAUGACAGUCAAGGGCCAAGACUUGGAGAGGACUAACUUCGUGAUGUUGCGCAAUGGAAGAAAAAUAUACUAAUGGAAAAAAGAACGGUUACGUCCCACUGCUGGCAUGCAUUUGCAAAUUCUUGCAAUGACUAGAUUCUCGAAACCUUCAAAGAUGAUGAAAGGAUAUGAGUCACAAAAUGAAAGAUAAAGCCAGACUCUAAUCGCUAAUUACAGUACCCAUCAAACUAGUCACCCUUUGGUUGUGGGGACACAUGAACGAUAAAUACUGCUUUGCUUAUGCUACUCUCUCAUGGCAGACGGAGUAAAAAACAAAAGAGAAAAAUUAAGUAAUUAGAUCAGUGAUUGUUAGGAAAUAAUUUGGAUUCAGGAAUAUACAAUAAUAUAUAGUGCAACAUUAAUGACAUUGCUAAAAUAAAACUGCUCCAAUGAAUACAGCCCUAGUAACAGAUGAACCUUAACACCUGUGAUUAAGUGCACACCUGUGAUUAAGUGCAUCAUGAAAAUAAAACAAAUACGGAUCGAAAAAUUCACACACGUCGUUGAAUGAUGGAUGACCCAAAUGUGCAUGAUGAUUUUUUCUUUUUUUUCCGGUAAGAAAUAUCUUGAGUUACUCUGGAAAGCACAACACGCAGGGCACAUCUACAGACCACCGUCUCAGGAUAGUCUUCUGGUAAAUUUACGUUGGAGAGAUUCCUCUACAACCUUCAACGGCCAAAUAAUAAUGUUAUCAAUGUAAAUAAUGAUAUACCAGCUAAAAAUGCAUUGUUUUGGAGAGCAAAAAGGUUAAGCUAAUUUUAAACUAAACAUUUGUAAUAGAGAAAAAAAUACCUUCAUAUUAUUUGGUUAAGGAGAAAUCACCCAUAUAUGUGUGUAAGGAAGGAGAAGUCACCUAUUUAUGUGUGUUAGGAGGCUCAGUGUGGGCACCUCGUGAGGCUUUGUAUCAUGAAUGUAGGGAACUAGAGCUCUGUAAGCUGUAUUUCCUGGAAAGAUGUGUGUAAAAAUUGUGAACCAUGUAUCUCAACACUGAUCAAUACCGUGCUCUAAGCACACUCACACACACACACACACACACACACACACACACACACACACACACACACACACACAGUACUUUUGGAAAACGUUCCAGACAUUGUUUACUAACACUUUCAUUUGGUGUAUUCAAUAUGGGUGUUCAUCUUCAAUACAGGCUGUGCAUUUUUUUGUAUACACCAUGACCCAUUCUUGUAAAAUAUGGACGUUAGAGCAACAAUGUGUAACUUAUAAAGAUUUAAAAAGGUGCGUCGAGCACACAUGUGUCAGUGCAGGAUGGACAGUAAGGGGCACCGCAGGACGGCCACUACAUGACGUACACUGGCUGACGCGAGUCAUAGGCUUUCAAUGUGCAGUACACGUUGAAAGUGGGGGCGACGUAUGGCAUGACUCAAAUGCACUUCCGUUAUUAUCUCCAUUAUCGCAUACACAGGACGUCCAUUGAGGAGCAGCGGGGUGAGCCAAGCCAUGUACAAGAAAGCUAGGCUGCCGCUGCUCAUGCUGAGGUUGCGGCACGACUCAGAGCAGAGAGGACAGCGGCUCCUUGGUGGCGUCUUGCUAUCUCGACUGUUUAAAGUUGACAUCCAGCUGUGUUUUAGUGGCUUUUGGCAGCCUCUAGAGCAACAACGCGGGUUCGAGGCCCCUUCCUUCAGCGCCAACCUAACCUCCACCUGUGUCAGUCUUCCACGAGGCAGGGGUGCCAGGGUGCUGCCCCCCAGCGGCUCACACACACGCGCGCCGCCACCAUCCUGUAGCUCUCUCCUACUACUAUUCGGUGUUUGUAUAUAAAUGGCCACAUUAAAAUAUUCAGGUGAAAUUUGUAUGAUGUUUACUUGAAUUUAUGAAGGCAUAUUA